UUCGGGACGCCCCGGUUAUCCCGGUUAUCCCGGUUGUCCCGGUUAUCCCGGUUAUCCCGGUUAUCCCGGCUGUCCCGGUUGUCCCGGUUAUCCCGGUUAUCCCGGCUGUCCCGGUUCCCGGCUGUCCCGGUUCCCGGCUGUCCCGGUUCCCGGUGCCGGCCCCGCCAUGCCCUCCGCGUACCCGCAGCGAGCCCUGACGGUGCUGCUGCUCUUCGGGACCUUGUCCGCUGCCAUGGCCCUGCUCUCCUCCAGCCUCAUCUUCCAGCUGCCGUCGGGCCGGGUCGCUCCCGGUGCGCUCCCGGUGCCGGUGGCCGCCGCUCUGCUGCCGGUAUCGGCCGUGCUGGCCGCUCUCUGCCCGGUGCUCAACCUGAGCUGUCUCCUGCUCUGCCUCCUCCACGGCUACUUCAGCACCGAGCUGUGCCGGGGACAGCCCGGAGCCGAGCGGGCAGACUGGUUCCUCCUGGACAGCUCCUGCUGCGGGGUCUGCCUCUACCUCACAGCUCUGGCCCUGUUCAUGCUGCAGUUCCAGCUGCGGGCUGCAAUCGCCAGCGCCUGCGUCCUCACCUCUGGAAUUCUCAUCCUGCUCAUCUCCCUGCUCCGCUCUUCCCAAAUUUCCCAAAAUUCCCGCUCCGAGAAUUCCCAAGCCCCGUACGAGAACGAUUCCGCCCGGGCCGGGGACGCGGCUCCUCCUCGAUCCCGUCCCGAAAUCCGUGGGGAAUUCUCCUUCCCAACUUUCCCGGAGCGGAAACCCCAAGCGGGUUCGGCCUCGGGCAGCAACCAGAGCCGGGAUCCGCGGAGCCACGAACCGCAGCGGGAACGUCGCGAUCCGUCCCGCAGGAUUUGGGGUCGCUCCGGGAGCAGGGAAAACCUUGGAAUGUCCCGGCGGGAGAGACGAGGAACGGGACGGCCCGAAAAGCCACGGACUCCACGCUGGUGUGAGCGGGAAUCGGGAUUUGGCGGCUCU